CCGAGGCCCGAGUCGCCUCCUCUCUCCCCCCCACCCUCCUCAUAUGGUCUGCGCUGGCGUCUGUUUAGCACUGACGCCUCCGCUCUGUACACACGGGUUCGUCUGACAGGUGCUGCAAUUAUCUCUGAAGAUGAUUUUGCCUUUGGGAUUAUUGAUUUUAUCUGCCUCGCAGAUCCAUGUAAGCUUCAUGGUGUAUUUUGUUGCUUUACUUCACCUGUGGCCUGUGGAAGGUGACAUUAUAGCAUAUUCUAUUGAUAAUCGAACACAGAAUUUUGAUGAUCUCCCUUCAAGAUUUGGGUACCGUCUUCCUAAAGAUGGCUUAAAGGGAUUUCUUGUGUAUUCAAAACCAAAGAAUGCUUGUGAGCCCAUUAUUUCUCCACCCAUAAUGGAAAAUUCCUCCGUCAAUUACAUUGUUGUGAUUAGAAGAUUUGACUGCAAUUUUGAUAUCAAGGUUUUGAAUGCUCAGCAAGCUGGAUACAAAGCUGCCAUUGUAUACAAUGUUGAUUCUGAUGAUCUUAUUAGUAUGGGGUCCAAUGAUGUUGAUAUUUUUAAACAAAUCACCAUUCCAUCAGUGUUUAUUGGGGCAGUAUCAGCUAAGUACCUGGAAGAAUUCAGCUAUUACAGAGGUGGGCAUAUAGUGAUACUACCUGAUUUUAGUCUGCCGCUGGAGUACUAUCUAAUUCCAUUCCUCAUCAUAGUUGGAAUCUGCCUGAUCCUGAUUGCUAUUUUUAUGAUUUCAAAAUUUAUUCAAGAUAGACACAGGGCAAGAAGAAACAGGCUGCGUAAAGAUCAGCUGAAGAAACUACCAGUACACAAAUUCAAAAAGGGGGAUGAGUACGAGGUGUGUGCAAUCUGUCUGGAUGAAUAUGAAGAAGGUGACAAGCUUCGCAUUCUGCCCUGUUCACACGCGUAUCACUGUAAGUGUGUGGAUCCAUGGCUGACAAGAACAAAGAAAACCUGCCCUGUCUGCAAACAAAAAGUGGUGGCUUCUCAGGGAGAAUCUGAUUCGGAAACUGAUGAAGUAGACAGCAGCCAUGAAGAAAACGACGAUGCCUCUGAGAACACUCCACUCCUGAGAUCAUCGCUUGCCUCCACCAGUGCCCAAUCCUUUGGCACCAUGACAGAAUCACAGUCUCACCCAGAGGCUGUGGAGUCCUCCGAUUAUGAAGAGGAGGAGGAAGGAGACAGUAGUGAAGCUGAGGACGAGGUUAAUGAAGAAACGGUAGUUCAGAUGCAACCAGAAACCCGUAAGAUCAGUACCGGAGAGAGAGGAACCAAGGAUCCAUUUGCAGUAGUUUGAUGAUUUUGUUUGGGUUUUUUUUUAUUUAAAAUGGCCAAUCUGCACAUCCUAUAAAAACAAUGAGUGUCAUAAUUAAAAGUUGGGGACAUUUUUCCAUAUGCUUUUCCACAGUUAAUGUAUCGCUACUUCACAACAUAUGCAUAUUUUCUCAGUUUUAAAACCUUUCACGGCUUCCUGCUCACGUGGCUGCUGGAAUAGAAAGCAGCUGCCAGAAGUAAUACAAAGCCGCCAACCAUUGAUUUUUGGUGACCUUGCACAGAUUAGAGGUCUGUUUCCCCUGAAUCACUGCUGCCUGUUUUAUCAUUAUUGCAGCAAUCUUGAGUGCGACAAUGAUCACUCAACUACCAAGUAGCUGGGUGGAACCAGUUACACAGAACUGAUAGUGACUUUCUCUGAAAGAAAGCAACGUGAAUACUGAGGUAGCUGAAUGUCUGACCCUUCCUUUGCAAAAAUAAAAUGCUUAUAUCAUGUAAUUUUAUCAAUUUCCUGUAUACUUUCAACCCAAGAAUCCAGCCAAUUAUUUUAGUUGCAAGUAUUUUCCCCAAUCAGGUUUAUUAUAGCCGUUGAAAUUUUCAGCUUAUUUUUGAUUUGAUUUUAAAGAAAGAAAAUUCUGCAUCUAUUUACGAUAAAUCAAUACAUUGACAUGUGAUUAAGUAGAGAAAAGAGACUAACAUUUUUUUACUCCCUAUAAAUGCUUUGGAAUUCCUCUCCAGCUUUUAUUUUAAGGUCAUAUUUUUAGAUAUCAUUAAUGAAGAGGGAGCUGGCAGGUACUUUUGUGUAUAUUUAAGUAUAUUCUUAAUUCGAGCUAUUUGAACAAAGUUUAUUGUGUCAAAUCACCCAUGUAUUAUGUGCCAAGACGGUGCAUACAAUAAUGAUCUUGAAAGCUAAGAUUCUUAAUAAAAAUGUUAUAAUUUAA